ACGUUACAGACAGCCAGCAGUGUUGUUUGUUAAAUGUUUUAAAUAUGUUUUUAUUUACAAAAGAAGUUUUAUUAUUAAGAAAUGUGUUAAAAUUACAUUAACGGGAAAUUGAGACGGAUUUUAUACAUACAAGUAAUAUUAUUUUUAUCAAAUACACAGAAAUCAUGGCCAAUACCAAAAAGCAGCAGAAGAUUUCAAAGUUGUUUCGUAGAGGAAUUAAUACAAAACCAGUAGAAGAAUAUGAUGAAAUAAAUGAUGAGUUGAAGCAGUUAGAGCAACAAUUGAAGGAGAAGCAGGAUGAGUUGUUCCAGCUGCAGAGGAACAGCUAUCGGCGGAAAGCUUCGCCUGUGAAGAAACAGUCUGAGCCCUUUAUUAGUCCAAAGAAAAUUGUUCUUAACAACUCUGUGGAGAGUACGAAGCGGCAACUGGAGCUGAUGGCGAUGCUGACCGGAGUGGAAGUGCAGUCGUACGCUGCGGACGACCACUGCUGCAUAGUCUACCACAUGCAACAUGAUGCUAAGCAUCAGAUCAAACAUGGUCUAAGGAUUGAGACAAAGUCUGGAAAAAAUGAAGUGUCAAAGUCUUCUUUGCCCCUUGGUUUCAACUUCAACUCAGUAAUGGAGGACUUCGAGAACAUAAUGAUGCCGGAGUGUCUUGGCGCUAUACGGAAAGCUCUCCAGGCUUAUUACAGCAGAUUGGAACAGUUUGAAUCUCUCAAGAAACUAGUGAACAUGGAGGCCCAGUUGUUCAAGUUACAAGAUGGCUCUCACAUCGAGAUAUCCUUCCUUGCUAGGAAUGAAGCUGACGAGGAAGACGAGCCGAUCAGCAUUGUUCUGAUGCUGGACUACAGGGUCUACGAUAUCCGGCCCAAAUCGUUUUCAUUCAAAGAACUAGAUUUGUCUGAAGAAGAAACUGUAUCGUUGAACGAACAGUGUGCGGUGUUUAAGAAGAAGCCACUCCACAAAGCAUUCAAAGAGGCUUUCAUUGAUGGAAUUGGACACUAUAAGCUUAUAAAUCAGAUUGGCGCGCGGCCGUCGCAGCGUCCUCGAGCUCGGAAGCGGUUCAGACCCAACAACCAGCAUUACAACAACGACGACACUUUCAGACCCGAGGACUGUUCCGACCAAAGCGACGGGGAUGACGUCCAAUGAACUUACAGUAUUACCAUUUUUUAUAACUCGUACACAAAAUAAGGCAAAUUUUUAUGUGGCGCGAAAAUAUUUUUGAGCCAAUCAGAGCGCGCUAUUUGAAACUGAACUGUCCGUUAUUAUUAGCGAGAUGGCAGAUUUUGUUUUUGUAUUUCAAGUUCAAUGUGCUUGUAAUAAGGUCGUUAUUGAGUUUUGAUUUGUUUUGAUUCCGCGGUAGGUUUGUAGGUGCGACUUAUAAAAUUGGUGUUACUUACUUUAUUGUUGUAUUUUUUAUAUUUCGUGUAAUAAUAGUUACUAUUGUUUUAUAAUAUGCCCCGAAUUAAUUUUCAUUAUUUGCAUGUUCCCAGUUUACAUCCGUUGGCUCUAUCCUUGCAUUCCUUUCUGGCUUCCUGCUAUCCUGCAUU